CACCCAGAAACAUAUCUGCUGUCCAGCUCUGCUGAACGUUGACCCUCAGAGAACCAUAUCAGUUUUGUCUGUCAGUCUAUCUUAUCAACAGAUCAGUUGAAGAAAAGACAACAUAUGGUGGCUUUUAACGGUCAGCCUGUUGUUUAACUGUCAGUGAGAGAAGAGGGUGAGUGGAUAAGAACGGUCAGCUCAUAGAUAGUUCCUUUUGGGAACAGAGCAGUCCCGGACAGUGCUUCGGACCUCUGAUCCACAAACUAAUGAGAAUCUCCAGAAGAUCUUCAGUAGGCUAAGCAUUUGAAAGCUUUUGGUCCUCAAACCAGCCAGAAGCAUCAUGUUGAGUAAAGACGUUCCAGACAUUGAGAGCAUCCUGGCUCUGAAUCCCAGGGUGAAGACUCAUGCUCAGAUCAUAUCCACAGCGAGCAAGAAGAAAGAAAAGAAACACUGGAAGAGAAACCCCGAAAGGAGCUGUGAUUCCUGUGUGAAGUUAGAGAACAACUUUGAUGACAUCAAGCACACAACAUUGAGCGAGCGUGGAGCUCUACGAGAAGCACUUAGGUGUCUAAAAUGUGUGGAUGCUCCCUGUCAGAAGAGCUGCCCUACGAACCUGGACAUAAAGUCAUUUAUUACAAGCAUCUCUAAUAAGAACUACUACGGAUCAGCACGGGCCAUCCUUUCUGACAACCCCCUGGGUUUGACCUGUGGAAUGGUGUGUCCCACAUCAGAGCUGUGUGUGGGGGGCUGCAACUUGUACGCUUCUGAGGAAGGACCCAUUAAUAUCGGAGGGCUUCAGCAGUUUGCUACCGAGGUGUUUAGUAAGAUGGGCAUCCCUCAGAUCAGGAAUCCUGAACUCCCACCAGCCAAUGAGAUGCCAGAGUCUUACCACGCCUCUAUAGCUCUGAUUGGUUGUGGCCCAGCAUCAAUCAGCUGUGCCUCCUUCCUGGCCCGUCUUGGAUAUGAUAAUAUUACCAUAUUUGAGAAACAGAAGUACAUUGGAGGGCUGAGCACAUCAGAAAUCCCUCAGUUCCGGCUUCCCUAUGAGGUUGUCCAGUUUGAAAUAGACCUGAUGAAGGAUUUAGGAGUCAAGGUGGUGUGUGAGAAGGGUCUAGGUAUUAACGGAAUGACUUUGACAUCCCUGAAAGAAGAAGGCUUUAAGGCUGUCUUCAUUGGGAUUGGUCUCCCUCAGGCCAACAGAGCUCCAAUCUUUCAGGGUUUGACUAUGGAUCAAGGUUUCUUCACUUCCAAAGACUUUCUGCCCAUGGUGGCCUCAGCUAGCAAGAAAGGCAUGUGUCAGUGUCGCUCCUCUCUGCCAGAAUUAAGAGGUGUAGUGAUCAUUCUGGGGGCCGGUGACACAGCGUUUGACUGCGCCACCUCGGCCCUCCGCUGUGGAGCCAAGAGAGUCUACGUCUGCUUUAGGAAGGGAUUCACUAACAUCAGGGCUGUUCCUGAGGAGAUGGAGUUGGCUAAAGAGGAGCAGUGUGAAUUUCUGCCCUUCCUGUCUCCUCGUGAGGUCAUCAUGAAGAAUGGUCGGGUCGCAGGGUUACAGUUCUGUCGCACCGAGCAGACAGAGGAAGGUGAUUGGCUGGAGGAUGAGGACCAAGUCGUCAGGCUGAAGGCUGAUUACAUCAUCAGUGCCUUCGGUUCCAUGCUCAACGAGCCGCAGGUGAGUGAAGCCAUGGCUCCUGUGAAGAUGACCCGCUGGGGUACUCCAGAGGUGAACACGGACACCAUGCAGACCAGUGAGCCCUGGGUGUUUGCAGGAGGAGAUAUUGCUGGUUUGGCAAACACCACAGUGGAAUCAGUGAACGACGGCAAACAGGCUUCAUGGCACAUUCACAGAUACAUGCAGUCCCUGUAUGGACAGACAGUGGACCCAGUCCCGAAGCUGCCGUUGUUCUACAGUGCUAUAGAUCAGGUGGACAUCAGCGUUGAGAUGUGUGGAAUAAAGUUUCCCAACCCGUUCGGCCUGGCAUCUGCUCCUCCCACCACCAGCACAGCAAUGAUCAGAAGAGCUUUUGAACAAGGAUGGGGCUUUGCUCUGACCAAGACAUUUGGACUGGAUAAGGAUCUGGUGACCAACGUGUCUCCUCGUAUUGUGCGUGGCACUACCUCAAGUCAUCUGUAUGGACCAGGUCAAAGCUCCUUCCUCAAUAUUGAGCUCAUCAGUGAGAAGACAGCAGCCUACUGGUGUCAGUCGGUGGCCGAGCUAAAGAAGGACUACCCUAAUAAUGUGGUGAUCUCCAGCAUUAUGUGUGCUUACAACAAGGAAGACUGGACAGAACUAGCCAAGAUGGCAGAGGCAUCAGGAGCAGAUGCAUUGGAGCUGAACUUGUCUUGUCCCCAUGGGAUGGGAGAGAGAGGCAUGGGACUGGCCUGUGGACAGGACCCGGUGUUGGUGCGUAACAUCUGUCGCUGGGUGCGCGCAGCCAUUUCCAUCCCAUUCUUUGCCAAACUGACACCAAAUGUGACCAAUAUUGUCGACAUCGCCAAGGCAGCUCAGGAAGGUGGAGCAGAUGGAGUAACUGCCACCAACACAGUCUCAGGUUUGAUGGGACUGAACGCUGAUGGCGUCCCCUGGCCAAGUGUUGGAAAGGGCAAACGCACCACGUAUGGAGGGGUGUCUGGUAAUGCCAUCAGACCUAUUGCUCUCAAAGCUGUAUCAGCUAUCGCCAGAGCACUUCCUGGUUUCCCAAUUCUGGCCACCGGAGGCAUCGACUCAGCAGAGAGUGGACUACAGUUUCUUCACGCCGGGGCCUCAGUGUUACAGGUGUGCAGUGCAGUACAGAACCAGGAUUUCACAGUGAUUGAGGAUUACUGUGUGGGUCUGAAGGCCUUAUUGUACCUGAAGAGCCUGGAGCUGAAGGACUGGGAUGGUCAGUCUCCUCCAACAGAGAGACAUCAGAAGGGAAAACCUGUUCCCAGACUGGAACAACUGGUGGGAAAGAGCCUCCCUAGCUUUGGUCCAUAUCUCCAGGAGAGGACAGAAGCCAUUGCAGAGUACAAGAAAAAGCUCAGAAACACACAAACUGAUGUGAUGGAGGCCACCACCAGCCGGAUCAACACACCCAAAAAACCUGUUCCUGCUGUCAAGGAUGUGAUAGCAAGAGCCCUGCGCCACAUCGGAACAUACCAGGACCUUAACAACAUGGAGCAGGUCCAGGCUCUGAUAGAUGAAGAGAUGUGUAUCAACUGUGGAAAAUGUUACAUGACCUGCAAUGACUCUGGUUACCAGGCUAUAACAUUUGACCCAGAGACCCACCUUCCCGUGGUGACUGACAGCUGCACGGGCUGCACUCUGUGCUUCAGCGUCUGUCCAAUUAUAGACUGCAUCAAAAUGGUUACCAUGAAAACACCUUAUAAACCUAAGAGGGGUGUGCCUGUUAGUCCUGUGUGCUAAAGGGAAAGACAAUCCAGAACUUUCCACCUUUGGUUUUAAGACUAAUUAAUUGUGGUUUAAGAAUUUGUUCGCCAUUGAUGCAAGUCAUUUGGAUGGUGUAAAGAAUUCAAAAGUGACAAAAAAAUGAAAUCUAACAUGUUUAUUGGCUUUAUAGAGAAGAAUGGGUGGGACUUGUGAGAAAUUUAGUCUAGAUUUGGAGAAAUACUGGCACCAUUACGGUAUUACAAUUGGAAAAAGGGGCAACCUUCCUUUUUAAGUUCAAGGUUCACAACAAACAUAAUUUUUUUCAAUAUUUUAACUAUAAUUCUUAUCAAAAUUAUGUUAGUAAAUGUGUGAUCUGCUUUAUGUUAUCCCUCUGUAAACACCUUGGGUCUCAUUCAUGAAACGUGAGCAGAACGAAUUUGUGUGUAAACUAUACGUUGAAGGAAAUUUGCGUGUAUUUUGGCAUUCAUCAAUAUGUUAGUAGCUCCAAUCAUUUUUUUAGGUACUAACAAAAUCUACACCUGCCUACACCCACCUGUACCCAUUGUACACAUAUUUUCGUAUUGUGCUCUAUUAUGUUCAUAAUAUGGAGAUGCCUUUGAAACACAUGAGUUAAACAUGACAAAAGAUUAGAAAUAUAACACAUUUAGCUAAAUUAGUUGGCAUUUAGCAGAUUCAAGCUUCAGAUUAGGCUUCUUAAAAAUGUGAAUGAGUUAUUUGAAUGGACUUAAUACAAAACUGGAAAACACUGUUCUCUGAAUAAAUAAAAUAACAAACCGACCAAUCUAUCCUCUACACUGCAAAGUAGGCCUGUGUUCAGUCACAACAAGCAGGCUAAGUGGGGAGACAUAAACUUUAUUUUAAAUGGAAUUUUGGUUUAAAAAAGACAAGUGAAAGUGGGAAAGCAAUUCAGUGUCUGUCUCUACUCACACCGGGCAGUUGGUGAACAGGAAUCAGACUACUUGUAAACUUAACGGCAGGUUAUUGCCUACAUUAGACUGCCUGUAUUAAGAUGUUUCAAUAGUGGUUAAAUUUCACAACAGAGACAAAGAAUGCUGAUGCUAAGGGGAAACACUAUCGUUACUUGGCUGUCCAUGAUGGCAGAUGAGGGAGACGUGAUGCUGCUCUGCAGGGUGCUUGAUUUGCAUGUGGCUGCCACGAGGGAAGCUGAAGAGGACAGGGGCUUGACUCAAAUGUCACUGUCGGGCAUACAACACACUUUUAAUUUGAGAAUUGAUGCCAUAGGCCAAAUUUAAAAACUAAAAUAUAAAAUUAUUCAAAGAAAAAGAAGAAACAUCUUGCAGAAAGGGCACUUAUCUAGACAGGGGGUUAAAGGGCAGAUGCUUGAGCACCACCUGCGGUCUAUUAAUUUACCUGUCCCUGUCACACCUCUACUAACAGAAGAAAAUAAAAUGUUUUUCUCAACUCAGCUUCACCUAAACAUCAACCUCAUUGUUGGAAAAGUUUUUCUUUCUCUCUCUCUCUUUGUUUGCACCAUGUUCGCAGGUCGACAGGAUGCACCUAUUCUGGUAAUUAUCACCUCCAUAUAUGGUGGUCACUGGCUAUAAAUGGGCAGGGAUGUACAUUAAUUGCUGACUAGCAGGAGCACGCUGUCAGUUUCAUCAACAUACAUACAUGCUUUUGAUCAAAUCCGAGUUUUCCACAGCCUUCAUGAACCCGGUGUAGGUUUUUAUUACCAAGGGUUUUCAUGUGCAAAUCUACUCACAGAUUUACAAACAUUUCAUGAAUGAGACCCCUUAUGUUUAAUGUGAUAAUGGACAACUUCAAAUUAAUUGUGCAUAUUGUAUAUUAGAUAUAUUAAUGUAAAAGGAAAUGCAUCGUUGAUAUAGUCUAUGAUUUAAAUAAAGUUUCUUUGAUGAAACAAA